ACUGCAGCUUGGUUGCUGCCGUGGUGAACAUGCGAGGAAGAAAUAGUGCAACAGUCAUGUGCAUAGUAGAGGACGUGCAGUUGUUUGCUGUCCAUGGUGCUGCUGCUGAUUUGAAUAUUUUUACUCUCUCUCUCUCUCUCUCUCUCUCUCUCUCUCACCCCGUUCCCUGAGGGGCCUCUGAGCGUUGCAGCAUUACCGCUUGUCUCAGUGCCCUGUCUCCUCGCUCUUCAGAGCAAAUGUGAAUGAACGGCACUGUAAUGGGGAUAUCACUAUGUACCGGGAGGCUAAUUUCUUUCUCCGGAUAGUCCACCACGACAAAGAGGACAGAUAACUACGUGUCUGUGGUUAUUUAGACGAGAAGACGCGUUAAGCGAGUUGUAUUUGUUAUUAACGCGCAGUUUUGCAUUUUCUUCCAAGGUAACCGGUACACCGGUUAUCAAAAACAAGCGCAGUCGGAAGUUACCGCCAAAAAAAACGAAACCAGGAUAAUUGUUCAUCUGCGGCUCAUCGUCAUCUUUGUCGCUGAAUAUCGACAUUUGUCAGAGGAGUACGUCUGGAGAGGAUUUUUUCUCUCCCGCAAUCUCCUCACUUUCUCUCCUCGGCUGUCUUUGAAGACUAUCCGGUACCAUCUCACACAAAGGAGACUCCAGCAUCGCUGCAGAUCCCGAAGCAUGAGCAACAAAUGAUGCACCCUCCAGGGCAGUGCUCUCUCCCUGGCAGGGCCAUGUUCUAAGCAGGGGGUCCCCCCCCAGGCCCCCCAGUCCAUCAUGAAAGGGUACGGACCCCAGCAGCGCCCGCGUCACCUGUCCGACUCCUGCGACCCGUCCUCGGGCCUGCCGCCCGGCGAGCAGCAGCUCUACCAGCAGGCCGGCACCGCCACGCUCCCACGCAGCCCUUACCUGCUCAGCCCCGUCGCCAUGGAGCACUACGGCACGCUGGACCCCCACCAGUUCUCCCCGUCGCCCAUCCCCGUGGGUGGAGGAGGGGGGCUGCCGCCCGACUGCAUGCUGCCCCUCAGCAACCAGCUGUCCAGCAGCAGCACCUUCCCGCGCAUCCACUACAACUCGCACUACGAGCAGGGGGACUUCUCGCCCACCUCCAUGCCCGGCGGGGACAGCAUCGGCGGCAUCAGCACAGGCACCAUGGGCACCUCCGUCUCCAUGGGCAUGGGGAUGGGCAUGGGGCUCGGCGUGGGGCGCACGGCCAUGAUAACCAGCGGCUCGGCUACCAUCUCAGGUGGUGGGAAGAAUCGCCUGCCCCCCACCCUGCUGGACCAGUUUGAGAAAGGCCAGCGGGACGGCUUCAGCACGCUGCAGUUCCACCGGACGUCAGCGGUAGCAGCGGCCGCCAAGCAGCAGCGCACCGACAGCCCGGGCCGCAUCCGCUACCUGGUCCACUCCGUGCAGAAGCUCUUCGCCAAGUCCCAGUCGCUGGAGAGCUCGGGCAUGAAGGGCAGCGUGAACGGCCGCUCCGCCAACAGCUCGGGCGGCGGAGGCUCGUCGUCGGGGGAGGACGCCAAGCACCGGCGCAGCAAGAGCAAAGACCGGGGCACCAAGAGCGAGGGCGGCACCAAGCGGCGGCCGCGCUCCAACAUGUCGGGCUACUGGAGCUCAGACGACCUGGACGAGGUCAGCAACUACCGCAACCCCAUGGCCAUGAUGACCCUGGGCAGGCAGGGAGCAGGGUUGGUCCCCGGGCAGGACUCCCAGGGCAACGCCAAGUACUUCAUGCACGGCUACAACACUAUCAGCGAGCACUCACUCAAGCCCUCCAAGAGCAACAAUGACCUCAAGUACCAGGGGCUGCCCGCUCUUCCUGGCCCCGGAGGAGGGGGGGGUGGGGGAGGAGGAGGAGGGGACGGAAGCAUAGGCAGUCGAGGAGGGGGAGGAGGGUUGGUGGCCGGAGGGGACUUUGGCCGGGGUGGGCCCUGGGCGACCCUGACCCUGGGUCAGACGAGGCAGAUGUGCCAGAAGGGCUCGGCCACGCUGGACCGGUCCAUGCUCAAGUCCAAGUCAUGCCACCAGGACCUGGCAUGCCAGUACCUACAGGUGCGUGGCUGGGUGAGUUGGUCUGACACGUCAGCAGCGGUCAGGCGGAUCGAUGUCGGUAGCAUGCGCCCAGCUGACAGCUACGUGAAGGCCAUGGGCGACUUGGAGGGACAAGCGGGGACUGGAGGGAGCCCCAAACCCUGCGCUUUAAAACCAUACGCCCGCCAGAGCUACCUAAAAGGGCUACCACAGUCACUCAGUGACCAGCUCCCACCGCGAAACCGGCUGCUGGAUUUCUCCAUGUUACAGGGCGACCUGGAGGCGCUGUGGUCCCCACUGCAGAGCGUCACCUCUCUGCACCAGCUGGGCAGUUGUCUUCCCUCUCUCAGAGAGAUCUCUGGGAAUCGUAGUCUGGAUAACCUGGACUGUAUUGGGGGGUCAACUCCUUUCCCCCGCUGGGAUGACGACGACUUCAGUCAAGGCUGCAAUACGCUGGGCCGCAGCAGCUGCAUGAGCCAGGUGCGGGAUAUGGAGCUGAGCCAGCGCUAUGGUGAGGAGUCGUGUUCAGAGUCGGUGUUUGGUGAGACCCACUCCCACUCCCACUCCCACGAGGAGCCCCCGGAUCUGCCCAUGCCCACGUGCUUCCGCUCCCGUAGCCAUAGUUACCUCCGGGCUAUCCAGGCUGGCUGUUCCCAGGAUGACGACACAGCCUCAGUAGACUCCGAUUCACCUCCGCCGACUGCCACCACUGUACGGACCUACAGUACCAGCACUGUCUCUACCUGCAUAACCACCUGUAAGAAGGUGGCCCCUCCGCCCGUGCCCCCGCGCACCACCUCCAAGCCCUUCAUCUCCGUGACGGUGCAGAGCAGCACCGAGUCUGCGCAGGACGGCUACCUGGACGGUCACCUGGAGCGCAAGAGCGAGGCCAACAGCCAGUCGGGCCACAGCAACUCCUCGGACAGCUUGGACAGCACGCGGGCCAGCAGCCUCGCCAAAGGCCCGCGGCCCCAGCAGCUCCCGCUGACCGCACCGCGUGACCCGCCGGCCGCCAUCCCCACCGCCACCGUCAUCUCCCCACCGGAGGCCCGCACCUCCGUCGCCACCUCUGUCGCCACCUCCACCGCCGUCCCCCAGGCCCAGAAUGAGUGGGUCAAGGGCGGCCUGACCGCAGACGAGCCCCACGUUGAGCCCGUGCCCCGCAGGAAACUCUCCUCCAUCGGUAUACAGGUGGAUUGCAUCCAGGAAGUGCAAAGAGUCGAGACCCCGCCACUUGCCAGAUUUCAGUCGAUCGGAGUGCAGGUUGAGGACGGCUGGCAACUCAGCCGCUCAAGCAGCAUGGCGUCCAAACAAGAGACCGACACGGAAUCCCAGGACUCUGCCGACCCCUGCUCCGGCGCCCAAGCCCGGCGAAAAAAGACCAUGGUCAACAGCAGCAGCCAGGUGGCCGACUCGCCGCCACCGCCCCCCGUCGGCCAGCAGCAGCCGCAGUCACAACUCUCCCUCGACAACGGUGACCACGACGAUGAGGCGGUCACCACCAGCGGCCCGGCGCGACAGCUGCUGACCAGCCGCUCGGCCACGCGCAGCUCCUCGUCGUCGUUCUCCGAGAGCCUGGACCCGGCGCUGGACCCGUCCUCGCUGCCGCCGCCCGAACCCUGGCUGGAGUCCGGCAGCGGUAACGGCUCGGUGGGGCCCGACCAGGGCUCCGGAGGACCGCCAGCGUGCCGGCGCGACGGCCACUGGUUCCUCAAGCUCCUGCAGGCCGAGACGGGCCGCAUGGAGGGCUGGUGCCAGCAGAUGGACCAGGAGACCAAGGAGCACCAGCUCUCUGAGGAGGUGUUGGGUAAAGUGCGCAGUGCUGUGGGGAGUGCCCAACUUCUGAUGUCAAAGAAGUUCCAGCAGUUCCGAGGACUAUGCGAACAAAACUUGAAUGUGAAUGCUAACCCCAGGCCCACGGCUCAGGAUCUAGCAGGCUUCUGGGACCUGCUGCAGCUCUCCAUAGAGGACAUCAGCCUCAAGUUUGACGAGCUCUACCACCUGAAGGCCAACGACUGGAAAGUGGACAGAGACUCACCUGAAAAACAGGAGAACCAGAAGCCGGUUCCUGCAGUGCCAAAGAAGCCCGGGAAGAGCAAGCCGGCGCUGGGCCGCGAGAAGAGCAGCGACUCGGCCGCCGACAAGCAGCGGCAGGAGGCCCGCAAGCGCCUCAUGGCUGCCAAGAGGGCGGCGUCGGUCAAGCAGAACUCCGCUACGGAGAGCGCCGACAGCAUCGAGAUCUACGUCCCCGAGGCCCAAACGCGACUCUGAGAGAGGGGGAGAGAGAGAGAAAUCAGGGGGGUUGUGAGGGGUGGGGGUAUAGUGUUAAGAUUAGUCACACAUUAGGCCAGGAAGGCAAAAACAAAAUUGGCAAAAGGUAGAUGGAGCAAUGAAGUGAAGGUUAAUAAGGCUUAGAUGUGGGGGAGAUGAAAUGAGAGCGAGCAUCUGAUUGGAGGAGGGACCAGGAACAAGACUGAAAGAGCUCUUUGCCUCCAGUCCACAGCCACAGGGAAGAUACCAUUCUUUUAUUUUGUAUUGUGUUGUCAAGACAGUACUUGCUUGAGAGGAAAACUAAAUAAAACAACAAAAACAAAACAACCCAGAGGGGUUAAAAAAAUUAAGAAAUCAAGACUGACGGAACAGAACUUUUGGAGAACGGGAUGCAGCGGCAGUAGCCCCCUCCAAGUGGCUACCAAGGAAAACCUCACGCAGACUUCACCAUUAGUACUCCAAUUACUAUUGUUAUUAUUAUUGUUAUUAUUGUUAAUAUAAUUAUUAUUAAAAUGGUUAUUGAUAAUAUUAUCUCCUUUAAAAAACUAUAUCGGACUGAUUUAAAUGUUCUAAUAUCUUGGAUAAGAGAUCUUCUAAUGUGUGGACUGGGACCCAGCCACAUGUUGUUUUGGCUCCCAUCCCACUGGCCCCCUCUACCCCAGCUCGCUAGUCUGCACAGAACUCCUUGUAAAGCACUGCAAAAUACUCACUCUCGGACACCAACUCUCGCUCCACACACACACACACACGCGCGCGCACACACACACACACACACACACACUCCAACCUGAAUAACACAUGCUCGCUCAGUGGAAUACACUCUCUUUUUCUCAUGUCUGGCCCUCCACAAUCACUGUCUUCCUGUUCUUGUCUGUUUUCUCCCCCUCUACUACUUUCUUUUAUUCUUUGUAUGCAAUGUUUUUUAUGUAUAUGCCCUGUGUGGCAUUCAGUCUGUGGUCAGAUAGAUCACCCUCUCUCAUGUGGGAUGAGAAUGGAGGAGCCGGCGUUGUGAGAAUGCAAAUGGAGUGCUGCGAGAGCUGGGCCCAGACUCUGGAGGUCCUGUGACCAUUCUAUCAUGCAAACAAAACAAGAAGAAUCACACAAAAACAGAAUUCAUUCUCAUCACCCCAUUUCUUUUUACCAGCACCCAGAAUUUAUUUUCUGUCUCUCCUUAAGACGGUCUCACUUCUUCUGUGGAGUUUGUAUUUUGGGCGGGAUAAGUGUAUGGUACUUCUGUUUUGCAGUAUGCCUCCAUGCCAUGUAAAGGUGUCCCCAGCAAAUUGCCACCAUUUUGUUUUUACUGUUUUGGUUUGUCCCUUUUUGGGGAGUUUGAAGUGACAGCCAUUUUGUGACUUCAGAUCACCCAGUCAUGACACCCCGCUAUGUUCUAUUGCCAGGUGUGACCCUCCCUCAUCCACGCCCCUCCUAAGCAAGUCAUCUCUUGUCAUUCACUCCAGGUGAUUUGGGUCUCUGCCAAUCUGAAGAUGCAUCGCCACCUCUUACCACUUUGUUUUUUUUUCACUCUCAGUGUUCAACUCCAAAGCUGGUACAUUACAUACAUCAUUUAAAUGUUCAAGAAAUGUGUGAAUGCAGCAGAAUGAAAGUAUACUAUUUAGCUAGUGGAAUGAUUUAGUUUUUUGAAGCUGAUAAAAGUUUAGUUUUGAUAGAAGGUCUAAUCUGCUAACGUAGCCCCAACAGGACUGGGAAACUCUUUUAAUUUCAAAUGGUCGUGUCCAUUUUGUCAAGUUUUUGUUGUAUUCUUCUCAUAAACAAAUGUCAAGGCAACGCUUUUGGAAUGUUUUCUUGCAUCAGCCAUGAUCCUAUCAUGCGGAUGAUCCACGAACUGUACCUUCAUGUUUUUUAGAAACAUUGGUCAUUGCCUGCUUCUAGUGGUAAAUUUGUAGCACUACGCAGAUGGUAUAUUAUUUCAGGAGGACUUCUUUUCCACCUCUGAAGUUUUUGGCAUGUCCAAACACUUUUCAGCAGAUUUGAAAAACCACUACUGGGACUGGCUGAUUGUUUGAGAUGUGUUGUCCCAUUAUGGGUUGUAGCAUUCAUUACGCAUGUGCUAGCACACUCUGUUCUCCCACUUGCUACAGCCCUUUAGCCAGUCAUGCCCUGUACAUCUGAUUGAAGUGAGGCAAAGAUAUUUUGCCCUUAUUUUAUUUUAAUUUAAUUUAAUUUUUUUUGUAAUUGUGUUGUCUACCCAUUUGCCAUUGUUGCUCCUUUCCCCCAUACGCCGACCAAGCAAUCUGCACAUGUUUUUAUAUUUGAAACAAAAAGAUCAAUCAUUAAAUUCAGUUACACUACACUCAUCUUUUUGUCAUUGUUUUUACCAUUGUGCACAUGCAUAAGUUUCCUACUGUCAUCAGGAAAAGAGGAAUCUAAUGAAACCUUCAUUAACAGAUCCCCUACCAUACAAGCCUCUAUAAGCAAAAUCAUCUUUCUUCUUUCAAGUUACUGAUUGAAACGAAUACUCAAAUUCUACACACUGUUAUAAAUGCAGUGUUUGUACAUUUUCUUCUGUUAACCUUUUUGUAUGUUCAGUGUUUUCCACCACAAAUGCAAUAGUAUUUUAUCUCUGAGAGGCCAUACUUUUAAAUAUUUAAAGCACAAUAUAUAUCUGUUGCAUGGUAUUCCAAGACAGUUGCAACUAGUGAAACAUGUUCUUAAUAGAGGCAAGGCCAUAUGUCCAGUGUGAGAGGGUGUGAUGGACUUAAUUUAGCAAAGACAACUGAUGGUCGGCAUACUGUAUUGGUCUAUGAAACCACAAUAGUAUCUUUGUCAUGUCUGUCGUUCAGUAGUAAACAGGGCCCUUUCUAGAUUCUGUGGGACUGUUGUUGUUAGCUAUUCGGUGACCACUAGAGGGAGGCAGACAAUCUUAAGUUGCCAAGUCCUCUAAAUGGUUAGAUCAUAUCAGUUGGCCAUAGACCAGAGAUAUUUUCUCAAUGAAAUGGCUAUAUGUAGGAGGUUGAUGGAUUCCACUGCCAUAUUUCCAUGCCAUUGUAUCCAAAACCUGCUUUGGAUCUAAUUUAUUUGUUAAUGUUAGUUUAUAAUUGUUUCUUAUCUAAAAGGAUUGUGUAUACAUUUCAUGUUUAUACAUAGCAUUGCCAUGUCAUGACCUGGUUACCUGCAGUAUGUCUCUUCCUGAUUGUUCCACAUUUGUGCUUGUUUAAGUGAAAUAUUUCCUAGACACAUCAUGUCAUUAGUCGGCCAACAUUGUCUAAAGCAUUCCUCAGCAUAAUGCCGUUUUUGCGUCACAAGGUCUCAUUUCACAGUUUUAAGGGUCACUCAGAGCCGCCGCAUCAUUUCCAUCUCCAUUACAUGUCGUGUGUGCAGCAGUUACUUCUCCAUUCCCCCUAGAAUAAGUGGAGCUGAAAGCCCUCCUGAACUGACUCAAGUUGACUCAAGCAGAAAGGGAUCGGGUCGGGUUACAAUACAAAAUCUCAUCCUUCCUGUGGUUCUCUCACUCCCCCCUGUCAGUCCCACACAAGACAAACGAGCACCUCAGUGCUUCCCUAAAGCCUGUCUUCUGAAUUGUUUCAUUCAUUCUGCCUUAUUAAAGUUAUUUUGCCCCAACCAUCCCUGAAGCUGAAGCUCCACUUCAGACAGGAUGUGUAUGUAUGUGUGUGACAGUAGUGGUUCUAGUGGUUCCUUUUGCAUAGGAAAAGCUCAGGGUCGUCCACCCCUCCUUUCAGGACAACAAACACAAAAUGGCCUCCUGAUAGUGGGCUAUUGUGUGGGCUGUUUUGUGUUUGAUGGUUUGUGAUUGUCCCCCUGGCCUGUUAAGGGCCUGUGUGAAUGAGGCCCUCUGUGGUUCCUGCAGACUCCUUCCAUUUGGUGCAGAGCGCAUCGUUCACACCUCGGGGGGCUUUGUGUGCCGAGGGCCUGAUGUUUAUCCCACACGGCAGAGCCUGGCCCCGCUGCAUAGCUGACAGCUUUGGCAGCUUGUUUGUGAGAGGACAGCUUUAACACUGGGGAGUUGCGUGUUAGUGUCUACAAUCUAGGCCUGAAUUCUUAGGACUGUCUCAUGGAAAAUGGCCUUGCAUGAUGGAAAACAAGGAACUAUGUUUAUAUAUUUGGUCGGGUUUUGUUAGAGUGCAAUCAUUUGGAUUGCCAUUUUUCUUUGAUGUUUUGAGUUUGGGAGAAAACAAAAUGCAAUCAUCUCUCGGAUGAAAAACUAAAUAAUGUGGUGAAGGGGUACAUUUUUGUAGGUAUUCUCAGUCCACCGGCAUCUGCACUAGCCCAGUCAGUCACAGCUGCUGUUGGUGACGGGAGACACAUUUGUCAACACACACAUCAGCAUACCAGUUUUGUCCAUACCUGUAAAUGAAAUUAAAAGCAUUUUACACAACAGAGUGAUUGUGAUGCGAAAAGGAGGGAUUUUCAUGCGCUAAGAAUGCCACUGAUAGUAUAUAGCUCAUACAUCACUCUGGCGAUCAAGGAAUAUAUUGUGUCAGUCACAGCCAGUCGCAGCAUGUCAAUGAGAAGGGCUUUGUGUGGGAGAGAAAAUACAUUGGGUUGGCUUGUCUCUCUUUUACAGACCAAAAAAACACUUCCUCAGUGGUCAAACUAUCAACUGACUUGUUAAAUUGUUUGAUUAUCCUGAAGUAUCCUUUUCACUUUAAAUAAAGAGGGGGAUUCCAUUCAGGAGUAACAGAUGAUAGGCACGGGCACUAAGCUGCCAUCGAUGGGCCAUUUCCUUGUGUGUAAUUAUGGCCGAUUGUGCGAUUAUAAUUUUGUCCUAAAAUACACCCUGAACGUCACUUACUGAAGUGAGAGCAGUAUUGUUGUUGUUGAGCCAGAACUUGUCUAGAGUCAGUGACUGCGAGAUUGCAGUCUUGCUCAUGCAUCUGGCAAGCUUUUCUCCAUGCUUCAGUCUUUAAAACCACAAGUAUUCUACACAUAACUCAGAAUAGUGAAUCACUUCUGGGUUGACAUUCAAUGCAAUGUAUAUGUUAAGAGGAAGUUCACUAUCUUUUUGACCCAUGCUUCAUUAAGUUUGGAUUUCUUGGUUCAAAAUCAGUUACAAUGUGUCACUGGUUGUCUUCUGUUUUAAUGUUUUUUUUAUGGUCUUGUGUAUUGAAUAUUGUACAUUCACCAAGUCUCUGAUGUGUAGAGAACAUCAAGCUGUUCCAUCCCAACUAAUCCCUCUCCAUAUGUCUUCUCCAGUCUGAUAUUUCUUCAUUUUUACAUAUGUGUGGUUUAUCCAUGUUUUACUUCAAUGUCCGACUUUCUUGGGAAUUACAGGGGGUCUGCAAUGGCCAUACAGUAUUGAAGUGAAUUCUCAUCAACAGCAUUGAAAAGUUUCCAAAAAGAACACUGCUCUCGUUUGUAUGCAUUGUAGUCUCUCUCCAUCACUUUUAAACACUAUGGGUCAUGAUUGCUGGACAUGAAGACACUUUUUUUUUUCAGGUUGAUAAUGGAUUCUUCCUCUUGCUUGGAAUCUAAACUGAUACUCUUUUUUUUCUAAGUACACUUGGGAUCUUUGCGUGAAUGACUGACUGACUGACAGCACAAUGUUAACACGGCUAGGCAAUUAACAAGAGCCUGUAUGGCUACAACAGCCUCAACAAAGGGAUGCCCCGUUGUGUGUCUGUGCUGGGAUUCAGGUCUGGCGGCUCCCUCGCUGGUCCUUUGGUUCAACAUGCAAAAAUAAGCCUGUCGUUCUUAGCCUGGCUGUACUCAGUUAUUCGUGAACUCAUAAGAUGCUGUGGGACAGGAGUGGAGGGGAUGAAGGACGAAUGCCAACAGUACUCUUACUGCAAGAGUUUGUAGCAAAAAAUAAACAAAUUAAUUAUUACUACCAUAACAAUUGAUAAUCAAUAUUUUAUGAGACAAGCACAUAUUUUAAUGACUAGGAUUUCAGUAUAUAUUAUGCUAUACAAAGUUAGACUGUGUAUGUCAGGGUUUUUGGAUUAGUAAUUAAUAAAAACUUUAAAAAUGA